UCUUCCCUCGAUUGGUCUUAUCAAAAUGAGACGUGAACAGAUGGUCAGUCGAAAUCAGCUGACUAUUUAUGACUUGCGAUACUUCGAAGCGUCGUUAAGAUAGUGUACACAGUAUUUCAGCCGAUAAAAGGGGAAAAACUUGCAGGAAAUCUCUCCACUUUCGCUUGUCUUCUGCGACAUGUUGUGGAUUGAUCACGGAAGAAAAUAUUUUCCCGCCGGUGGUUCAAUUCUGCUGUUAUCUUUUGUCUCUUUGUGGUAUUUAACAACGGCUUCAUCUCAAGGCUAUUGCGACAAAGAUGGAUGUGAUGAGAUCGGGCAAAAAGGCCACUUGAAACCUUUUGGUGAGCACAGACAAGCAGAAGGUGAAGUUUCAAGUCUGCAGUAUGCGCCUGGUGGUGCUGACUUCUAUCACAACUACAUUCACAAAAGGAGGCCAGUGGUCAUCAGAAAUGGAGCUAACCACUGGCCUGCAGUCCAGCUAUGGCAAAAUGAAUCUUACUUGACCUCAAAUUAUGGAUCUGAAAUUUUCACUGUAGAAUAUCGCAAGAAAUUCAAAAAUGAAUUUCCGGUUCGAAAACCUCUGGCUUUUAGAGAAUUCUUAAAUAUUUAUAGACAGGAAAAUGUGUACCUGGAUUCUGCAUUUCCACAGAACAGUGCCAUGUUGAAAGACAUUUUUCUUCCAUCAAUUUUAAACUGCCAUGAGAUAUGGUCAACCAUAGACAACCUGAAUUUAUUAUUUAACGGUGGGGAAGCAAAUUCUGCUUUUCAUCAUGAUGGAUUAGAGAACAUUAUUACAGUUGUAUCAGGUUCAAAGAAGGUAUAUCUGGUCAACAGCACAUAUGCAAAGGAACUUCAUGCCGAUCAGUUUACCAUUGCUCCAGGAGUCCUUUCCAUUGAUCCAGAGAAGUUAGAUUUGGAGAUGUAUCCCAAACUAGCAGAUGUACCUUACUAUGAAGUAACUUUGAAUAGAGGUGACAUGUUGUAUAUCCCUCAAUACUGGUGGCACAUAGUGAGAUCAUAUGACUCUCCAAACAUUGGCAUCAAUGUCUGGUUUGCAAUGUUCAACUUCGAAGAGCAGUUUAGAAAAGAAGGGAUUUCUGAAGACACUGAUGUUACAAAGGUAACAGAGCUGUUUGAUAAGUUAGUUGGUUAUGAACCUGACAGGAUUCAGUGCCCAGAAGAGAAACUUGCCUUGAAUGACAUUCUCAAAAUCAACACUAGUGACCCAAGUAGUGGACCCCUAAGGAUUCCAAAACAGAACGAGAGACCACCAGAUGUUGUCCUUGCAAGUGGAUAUACAAUGCCAGUCAUGGGGUUUGGUACAGCAACACUGAUGGAAAACACGACAGAAGCCGUAAAGACAGCUCUUGAAGUUGGUUACAGGUUGAUUGACACUGCACAAGGCUAUCCUGACUCAGAGCCACAAGUUGCAAAAGCAAUUUCAGAGAGUGGAAUCCCUCGAGCAGAAAUCUUCAUUAUGACCAAACUACACCCCAGAUUUCUUGGCUAUGAGACAACAUUAGAAGCCAUUGAGAUGUCUCUGAAAUCUCUGAAAACGGACUACAUCGAUUUGUUUCUUAUACAUUCUCAGGCCUGCGACGACUUUCUCCUCAUCUGCGGAGAAGGAGAACCCAAAGGCACAUGGCAAGAGAGCUGGAAAGCCAUGGAGGAAAUGCAGAAGAAGGGAAAGAUACGUAGCUUAGGUGUCAGCAAUUUUUACAUACAAGACCUGGAAGAACUAGUAAAACUUGCUACAGUACCAGUAUCAACAGUCCAGAACUGGUUUGACCCGUUUCAUCAGGACAGGCAAGUUCGAAAGUUUUGUCAAGAACAUAACAUCCGGUACAUUGGGUAUUCAACUCUCGGCACCCAAUGGGUUUACUUCCACGGUUUGCAGAAAAACCCUGUCCUUCAUUCAUCGCUGAUUUUAGAGGUUGCCAGCCAUUAUGAGUUUGUUGCAUCUCAAGUCGUUCUUCGCUGGGCCAUUCACAUGAACGUCACAGUCAUUCCGCGGUCAAAAAACCCUCGCAACAUUUACUUGAAUUUCCGGGCCUUGGACUUCUCCUUGAACGAGAAUGAAAUCGUGUAUUUCACCAACAUCACUGAUUAUGAGUACCAUCCUCUGGAACAGAAGCUAGACAAAGGAUUAGGUUGCUCAGAUAAGCAUUCAAACUGUGAACAGUGGGCAACUUCAGGGGAAUGCAGAACCAAUCCGGACUGGAUGCUGGUUAACUGUCAAGAAAGCUGCGGGCUUUGUUAUGACGAGGACUUCGGUGAUGCCUCAGCGAUACCACCGAUGGUGUUUAUUGGUUCUGAAGACCACUUCAUGUAUGCACUCGGCGCAGUUAGCGGAACUGUCAUCUGGAAAUUCCGAACUCUUGGCAAGAUCAUGUCGUCUGCAUCGCUCAGCCAGGACGAGGAGAUCGUUUACUUCGGCUCCGUGGAUGGUAAGGUGUACGCACUUGGUGCAGCCAAUGGUUCAGUCGUUUGGACUCUAGUAACACAAGGUGCUGUUGUGGCCAGCCCAACUGUAAGUGUGAAUGGAACUGUCUUCAUCGGUUCACAGGAUAAGAUUGUUUAUGCUGUGGAUGGUAGAAAUGGAUCUGUUGUUUGGAAGACAGAUCUUGGCUGCCCAAUUUGGGGUGCUGUCGCUGUGGACAACCAAAGAGGACUGCUAUUCGUCGGCUGCACCACGGAUAAGUCGAACGCAACGGAUUCUCAAGACACACCUCAUGUUUUCGCCCUCGAAGCCAACCUGGGCAAAAUCGUGUGGACUUUUGACAGUGCUGGAAGCGUUUAUGGCUCUCCAACACUUCUGCCUGGUGGCCAAACCGUAUUCUUUGCUUCCCUAGACCAUAAUAUCUACGCUUUAGACCGCGAAACUGGUAAACUAUAUUGGUUGUAUGACACGGGGUCCGAAAUAGAGUCCUCUCCAGUGGUCAGUAGGUUGGACGGUACCCUAUACGUUGGCUUGAUUAAGGGUCAACUGAUUGCUGUUAACUCCGUGAGCGGUCCUUUGGCGGGAAAAUUGAAGUGGACAGUGAAUACUGGCGGGGAGGUUGUGUCAUCGCCUGUCAUCACUGAGGACGGAAGGGUUUUUGUAGGAUCUGGCGAUGGGCGCAUCUUGGCACUCAACCAAACUGACGGUUCACAUAUAUGGUCUCCAACAACAGGUGACUACAUCGUGGCGUCGGUGGCUGUUUCACGCGAUAACGCCGUAUACGCCGCUAGCUCGGAUAAAUUUGUUUACGCUCUACACGGUGAUGAUGGCUCUGUCAUUUGGAAGUUUGAAACUGGCGCUGCUGUUGUUGCGACUCCAGCUCUUUUUCCAGAACAAGUUAUGCCGAUUGGAUAAACUAAAUGAAACAUUGAUCUGUUAAUUUAAUAGAUAGAACUUUAAAUCAGUUUUUUGAAGGCAGAAAACUAAAGCUUUAGUUAACAAGUGAGUGGCCAGAGUACGAGAAAGAAGCUCAGCAACAAUAAAAAUUCGUAAAAAGGUACACGUGAUCGUCGCUAAACGCGGGAAAUCAAACGCGUGCGACCAAGUUGUGAGUUGCUCAUUUGUUUUUUCUCUAAAUGAUACAGUUGUUUGGCGCAAAUCUCGAAGUCUUGAGUUUUUUUGUUUUGUUUUUCAUUUUGUUUGUUUGUAAUGCCAUUAUUUUUUGAAAACAAUGAAGUAUAAUUAUUUAUAUACGAAUAUAAUAUAUGAAAGAAUCUUUUCAGUAACUUUUCUGUUGUAAUGAAAAACCAACAGCAGU